AUGCCCGUCUUCACCAACAUGCGUUCCCAUCCCACAAGUCGCAGGUGCGCUCGGAGCCUCUGGAUCUUGUCGAAUCCAAGGCUCCCAUUGCCCUUUACUCGCCUCCAAAGUUCCAGCUCCGGCAAUUCCCCCUCGGCCAAACCCCAGCAUAAUGCGCGAUCGCAUCGCCGCCGCCGAGAGAGAGUCCCCAAGUCUCGUCUGGUUGAGCUUGAGGUCGAUGCGCUAGGCGAGCGCGGAAAUGUCACGUUGCUCACGCCGGAACGUCGCCCCAGAUCCUUCCAACGCAGACCCAGUUCGCAUGGCAAACCUACGGCCGCCGAUUCCACACCGCAGACCACUAUUGAAUCAUUGCUGAAUGACCUGGACCAAGAAGAGGCUUCCGCCCUCAGUACUACUGCCGCCCAAGAGGCCAUUCGGGAUCUUGGCCGGACUCCCGAGCAAGGGCUGAGGUUGACAACAAAUGAGUGGGAGGGCUUGCGAUCGCAACUGGCUUCCUCGUUCACAUACAAUCAAUUGACCGAAUACAUCGCCAACAAUGCGACUGGACUGGAACGUGAAUUGGGAGAAGAUGCGUGGAGACCUGGGAUGUCUUCCUUCUGGCACGCCAGCCCGGCUGGGGAAAGCAGGGGUACAGGUCGCAUCAUAUCUACAUCGCAGGGAUUGACGGGCAAGUCCGUACUGGCAGAGCGCAUUCUACGGGACUGCUGGCAACUGUCAGUCACAAACGAACAAGGCCAACUAGACCUACGCCUCUCACCCGCGAUUAUCACUGUCCUCCAUAACUCCACGCACUUCUCGUUCGACGAGGUGGCCGAUCUCCAUCACGCCAGCAUCGAUAUCACCAACUCUCUGGGCUUGGUCAGGGUCACUGGUACACAGGAGGCGUGCGAGUGGACUCGGGAAGUCAUUCAGGACGCUGUGGCUCGGAUCCGAGAGGAGACCGUUGGCAUCAGUCUGGAUCAAGAGUCCAGCUCGGGUCAGGCAUACACGCCACCUUUCUUGGAAUGGGUCUGCAAGAAGCAUGGGAUUGCCAUCGAACAAUCUCCGUCAUCUGUUCCUGAAAAGAUUCUAUAUCUCGCCGAAAACUUGCAGGGUGCCGAAGAUGCCCGCAGAACCUUCCACCUCGUUCUUUCGGAUGCUAGCCAGUCUCCUGUGCCAUUCUCGACCUAUAUGCCUGCCUCGAAGCUAGCAAACAUGUACGAUCAAAGCUUGCGGUUCCCAUCGUGGUUCGAUCGGCAAAAAUCAUGGUCCCGAUGGGCCACAUCUUCGGCGCAGAAGACAGCAGCCGGUAUUCACCCGGCUCCCUUUUUCGACGACCAUCAGACGCGAAUUUCCGACGAGAUUUUGAAACUACUUCGAAAGGAUGUUACUGCGCAGGAGCGACCUUCCAACGGAGCUACUGUGUACGAAUCGGUAACUGCAGCCGUGGGAAGAUGUCUCUUCUCGCCAAAGAACCCAUUUCCAGAUGCAGAUGGUACAGAUGCUCUCAGCGCAUCGCAGCUGGGCCGACUAUCGCUACCGCGCACUUUUACGAGGGAAAUACCCAAAUUGACGCCCUUUCUGGAAAAGCUCCCGCAACUUGACGUUAUGAAAAGCACGGGACGAUAUCUUCUUCGACUCAAGCCAUCGUUCCAGUUCCUGGGUGUCGUUCCUGAGCUCGAAGUGGAAUUUGCCCCACGGGAAUCUAACGCAGAAUCGAGUGAAGGCACUGAGCCAGCCGUUAAGAUCACAAGCCUGAGGUCCAUCCUGCGAAGCAGUUCUGUCGACUACCUCUUGCCUGAAAUCUCAAUCGACCUCCGCUUCACACGCACUGCCUACCGUGAUAUCUCGGCAGAGACUUUGAGCCAAACACCCCACUAUAAACAACUCGUCCAGCACAUCGAGGACAUCCUCGGCCGUUUGAUUGCAUCCGCGGAUGCUUCUUACAAGGCCGUUCCUCUCCCCGCCUUCUGUACGAUUUCCCUCCCCCGUGGUCUUCUCCUUAAUCCCGAGCAAGAGUCGUUCGACGAUGCCCUCUGGGACGCAUUGCCUCAAAACAACAUGGAGGUGGAAUACAUAUAUCCUCCUCUGUGCAAUAUUCACGAUGCGGUAGUCCAGCAUUAUUAUUUUGACGGUCGAAAGCUCAGUUACCAGUUCUAUGAAAGCGGGUCUUUCCUGGCUGCGAAUACGACCGAUGUCUCGCUGGCGGAGGAUAUCCCUCAGCCUGAUCCGAAGCAGCUGGACUCCGACGAGUUCCAACGCUCCGUGGAGCAGCAGUACCAUUCAUUUUAUCUUUCGGCAUGCGAUCUGGCAUUCAAGGUCCAUUUGGCCAGACACAAUUCACUUGCCUCAUUACUGUCCUGA